UAUAUUCAAGUGUACGAUCUGUUGCAAUUUUCCGAAUAGAAGUUGCAAGCUAAACAUCAAAUAUUGCUAUAUUGCCAAGAUCAUAACAGAACAGUAUGGAUGACGAUUUGGAUCAAGAGUAUUCCUGCAGUGUGUUGGGGCUGUUCAAUGAUGCCCAGAUAUGCUAUACCAUGUUACCACAGCUAAAAAGCUACUAUCGGUAUGGAACUUGGAAGGAUUGCUCGCCACAAUGGAAGGAAUUUAGACUUUGUGUGUCGCUGCAAGCCACCCCCAAAAAAGAAAAGCAGGAGAUCUUGCGAGCACAUGCCAAGCUAAAGAAGUUGGAAAAAUUUCAACAGCGGUCUUCGUUGGAUGUUUGGAAGCUUCGAGAGCAGCCGCUUCCAAGCUUUCCAAUAAAGCCAUAAUGUAUUUGUCAAGCUGCAAUCGCGACAUUAUCUAUAAAAACAUACGACUAUACUAUCUAA